AUGACUUCGGUGACUGGCUCGUUGGUGGCCGCUGCAGCGGUGGCUUCACCUACCUCUACGCACCGGGCGUCGCCGCAGGGAGGCAUCUUCGACAAGGCGAAUCCGACUCACUAUGACUCCAAGAACCCGCUGGUUAUCUUCAUCAUUCAGGCUGGCCUGAUCAUCAUCUUCUGUCGACUGAUACAUAUCCCUCUCUCGCGGAUGCGCCAGCCACGAGUUAUCUCAGAAGUCCUAGGCGGCAUCCUGCUCGGCCCUUCAGUUAUGGGGCGUAUACCCGGGUUCCGCGAGACCAUCUUCCCCGACGCCUCUAUCCCCAAUCUCAACCUGGUGGCGAAUCUAGGACUGGUGCUGUACCUGUUCAUGAUUGGCGUUGAGACGGAUCUCAGAUCGCUGAUAAGCAACUGGAGAGUGGCCGCCAGCGUCUCUGCGGCGGGGAUGUUGCUGCCGUUCGGCCUGGGUUGUGCAAUCGCAUACGGUUUGUACCAUGCGUUUCGGCAGGAGCCUGGCCUGGCGCCCAUCGGAUUUGGAACUUAUUUGCUAUUCAUCGGCAUUGCUAUGGCCAUUACGGUGGGUUCUAACAGAGAGAAAGGAGGCUAUAAAUGGGCCAUUGCUAACAAAAAUUUACAGGCAUUCCCGGUGCUAUGCCGUAUACUGACUGAGCUGGAACUUCUCAGCACCAGAGUCGGAGUCAUCGUGCUGUCUGCUGGCGUGGGCAACGACGUCGUUGGCUGGAUCCUGCUGGCACUCUGUGUAGCCCUGGUCAACGCCAGCACGGGCCUGACAGCCCUAUGGGUGUUACUGACCUGCGUCGGUUUCACGUUGGUGCUUGUGUUUGCCGUCCGCCCCGUGUUUCUCUGGUACCUGAGACGCACCGGCAGUCUGCAUGACGGCCCCAACCAGUCGGUUGUCACUCUCACGUUGCUGCUAGUCCUUUCAGCCGCAUUUUUCACCCAGAUCAUCGGUGUCCAUGCCAUCUUUGGCGGUUUCAUGAUUGGUCUGAUAUGUCCUCAUGAUGGAGGGUUUGCUAUCAAGCUGACGGAGAAGAUUGAGGAUGUGAUUGGUGCUCUUUUCCUGCCGUUGUAUUUUGCUCUUUCGGGUCUGAAUACCAAUAUUGGACUGUUGGAUUCUGGAAGAGUAUGGGGGUAUGUGUUUGGCGUUAUCUUCAUUGCUCUUAUUGCAAAAGUGACGGGUGGUAUGGUUGCGUCGAGGUUGAACGGACUGUUGUGGAGGGAGAGCUUGACCAUUGGUGUCCUUAUGAGCUUCAUGGCACUGGUGACAACCUUUGUGACUACUCCAGUAGUGUCCUAUCUGUACCCUCCCUCGUACCAGAUCAAGGUCGAGCGCUGGCGCCGCGGCGAGAUCGAUUGGGAAGGAAACGUUCUUGACUCCGAGCAUGACCCGCACAGCGGCGCAGACAGCAUUAGCCGACAAAAGUCACAGGGCGCGUCUGUCCGCAAGCUGAUGAUAUACCUGAGGCUAGACAGCCUGCCAAGUCUCUUCACCUUCGUAUCGUUGCUUGGAGCUGGAGACGGACGGGACCCAGUCGCCUCUCGAACCCAUCAUGCCCAUACCAAUACUAAUAAUAAUGAUGGCGAGGAGGCAGAAGAAGGAGGAAGACGAUCCGAGAGUGCGAGAAGAGCCAGCAGUAGGCCGAUCGAGGUUCAUGCAGUGCGCCUGGUCGAGCUGACUGAUCGAGACUCCAGUGUGAUGAAGGUAUCUGAGGUGCAGGACUCCAACUACAGCUUCAGUGACCCGAUCCUCAACGCCUUCCGCACCUUUGGCCAGCUGUACAAAGUGGCAGUUUCCGGGGGCGUGGUGAUAGCGCCCGAGCACGCCUAUGCGGAGACGCUGGUCAACAAGGCUCGCGACUGUGCCUCUGACCUGGUGCUGGUGCCGUGGAGUGAGACGGGAGGCAUGAGCGAGAGACAGAUCCCGCUGCUGGACGACAAGAGCGAGAAGUUCUCCACCGGCCCUCACAGCUCGUUCAUCUUCAACAUCCUGAAGAACUCGAGGAGUAAUGUUGGUAUCUUUAUCAAUAAGGGGUUCGGGGGUGCCGGACUAGCACGGCCCAAGCCAGGCGAGAUAUCACGAACGUUCAGCGGACACAACACGUAUCGAACGAAUGAUCUUGCCAUGAGCCCAUCUCCCGACAGCGGCCAUCACAUCUUCAUGCCUUAUUUUGGCGGUCCAGAUGAUCAGUUUGCGUUGCGGCUUGUUCUUCAAUUGGCUAACAACUCAUCCAUCACUGCAACUAUUGCAUAUAUGAAUGUCGUCAACGAUGCGCCGACGCCGCAGCAACAGCAGCAGCAGCAGCAGCAACAACAGGAGAAGGACGCCGACGAGACUUUCUAUCGGUCGAUCCGCGACUCUGUGCCUCCCGAGCUUCGUCCUCGCGUCGUGUUCCAGACGGUCGAUUGUGCAUCAUCGGCAUCGUCGUCGUGCAACGCACUGCUGGCCACCACCCGUGAAACAGCCGCCCAGGACCUGGCCCGGAGCACUACUGGCAACAGCAACGGCAACCUGGUCGUCGUCGGUCGCAACAGUCCGGCCAUGACCAUGAAUAACGCAUCAGCACCGGCCGCCGCUGCAGCAGCAACAGGCUCUCCCUCUGUGGCACCCCGGCCGUCCUCCUCGUCUGCUGCCUCUGCUUCGGCCUCCCCCGAGUUUGGCCAUGAGGCAAAGAAGGCGAUUGGCGUCCUGGGCGAGGCGAUGGCAGGGAAGGCCUACGGCAUCGACGCCAGCGUCCUCAUCGUCCAGGCCAGUCACUAA